CACCGCGCACGCGUAGGGAGCGGCUCCCGGAUGCCGCGCGUCUGCAGGAGAGCGGCCUCGCGCGGCUCCGCGGCAGGUGUGCCUGGGCAUCCCUGUCACGUGACCGAAGAGGCCGGGGCGCCGGGCGCGGGCGGGGGACACGAUCGUGCAGCCCAGUCCUCCAGGCUGGAGCCGGGAGCGCGGGGACGAGGGCAAAAAGCCGUGACUCUCAAGGGUCUGGCCUCGGGAGGCCCUAGGAGGGUGUUGGGCACCCCAGAAAUUAGGGGAAAUCGGGGAAGAUACCUACCCUUUUAUUACCAUGUCAGUAAGGAGUCCGGCGCCCCUGGGAAGUAAGGUCCUGAGGAAGAUGGAGGGGUUCAGGACUCCUGCAGGGAGCCCAGAUCCGAGCUAGAAACGAUGCAGUCGGGGCAGUUGACGUCAGAGGUCUUUGGGUUCUGGCUGCACCCUAAAUCGCAGUGAGCGCAGGGGCAAGCCCUUGCCUCUCUCUAGGCCCCCAGUUCCUGGCUCCCCUCCACCGGCCUCGAGGGCCCUACCGUGGCCCGAGGCCUCACCCUUGUGGUCUGCCGUAGGAUGGGCCUCUCCGCCGCCGCCCCGCUGUGGGGCCCCCCGGGGCUGCUCCUGACCAUCGCCCUGCACCUGGCUCUCUCCCUGAGCCCUGCCCAGGCCUGGGCGCCCGUGCAUCGGGACUACUGCGUCCUGGGCGCCGGGCCCGCAGGCCUGCAGAUGGCCUACUUCCUGCAAAGGGCAGGCAGAGACUACACGGUGUUUGAACGCGCCCCGGGGCCGGGCAGCUUCUUCAUGCGCUACCCCCGGCACCGCAAGCUCAUCAGCAUCAACAAGCGGUACACUGGCAAGACCAAUGCCGAGUUCAACCUGCGCCACGACUGGAACUCUCUGCUCAGCCACGACCCCCGGCUGCUCUUCAGACACUACUCUGACGCCUACUAUCCCGACGCCAGCGACAUGGUGCGCUACCUGAGCGACUUUGCAGAGUGGCUGGGGCUUCACGUGCUGUAUAACACAACCAUUGCCCACGUCACUCUGAACAAGGAUUGUGGGGCCUGGAAUGGCCAUUACUUCAUCCUGACCGACCACCGGGGCCAGGCAUACCAGUGUAGCGUCCUUCUUGUGGCCACCGGCUUGUCGGUGCCCAACCAGGUGGACUUCCCUGGCUCCGAAUAUGCGGAUGGUUAUGAGUCCGUGUCCGUGGAUCCCAAGGACUUUGUGGGUCAGAACGUGCUGAUCCUGGGCCGGGGGAACUCGGCCUUUGAGACAGCAGAGAACAUCUUCAGUGUCACCAACUUUAUCCAUAUGCUGAGCCGCUCCCGGGUCCGGCUCUCCUGGGCCACCCACUACGUCGGAGACCUCAGGGCCAUCAACAAUGGCCUGCUGGACACCUACCAGCUGAAGUCCCUGGACGGGUUGCUCGAGUCCGACCUGACAGACUUGGCCAUCGUGAAAGACCACCAGGGCAAGUUCCACAUCACUCUGAAGCUCUUCAUGGAGGCAGGCAACCAGAGUUCUGAUGCCAUCCCCCUCCCCCAGGACGACAAUGACAACUUUGCCAUGCGCGUGGCCUAUGACCGGGUCAUCCGCUGCCUGGGCUGGAAGUUUGACUUCUCCAUUUUCAGCAAGUCACUCCGACUCUCUUCAGGGAGUGAACUCAGCAAGAAAUACCCCCUGGUCAGAGCCAGCUAUGAAUCCAAAGGGAGCCGGGGCCUCUUCAUCCUAGGGACUGCCAGCCAUUCAGUGGAUUACCGGAAAUCUGCUGGGGGUUUCAUCCAUGGAUUCCGAUACACAGUGCGUGCCGUCCACCGGCUGCUGGAGCAGCGCCACCACGGUGUGGCCUGGCCCUCCACCGAGCACCCCAUCACACACCUGGCCAGUGCCAUCAUCCGGCGCAUCAACGAGGCCUCUGGGCUCUACCAGAUGUUCAGUGUGCUGGCCGACGUGGUCCUGCUAAAGGAGAACGCCACCAUCUUUGAGUAUCUGGAGGAGUUCCCCAUGCAGAUGCUGGCGCAGCUGGAGACAAUCACGGGAAAGAGGGCGAUGCACGGGCUCUUCGUCAUCAACAUGGAGUAUGGCCGGAACUACUCUGGGCCCGACAAGGACGUCUUCUUUUCUGACCGUUCUGUGGGGCACAUGGAAGACGCCUGGCUGUCCAACUUCCUCCAUCCUGUCAUCUACUACUACAAGCACCUCCCCACCGAGCAGGAGGUGAGGUUCCGCCCGGCGGGCUGGCCGCUCCCGCGGCCCUUGGCCCUCCACCACGUCGUGGAAGAUUUCCUGACGGACUGGACAGCCCCGGUGGGGCACAUCCUGCCCCUGAGGCGCUUCCUGGAGAACUGUUUGGAUACCGAUCUGCGAAGCUUCUAUGCAGAGUCCUGUUUCCUGUUCGCCCUAACACACCAGAAGCUCCCGCCCUUUUGCCAGCAGGGCUACCUGAGAACGCAGGGUCUCGUGGGAACUGAGAGCCUCCGUCAGCACGGCGUGGAGAGCGGGCUCCUGUGGGACUCUGCCAUCAUGGGUCAGCGCCAGGGGGCCAGCGAGCAGCAGCCUGGCGACCACGGGCCAGGAGGGCACCCUCUGGCUCCAGGGCCUCCGGUCUCACCUUUCAACAGCAACAAGGAGGAGCUCUGAUGGGCGGCUGCUCCCACUAGGGUCACAGUCAGCCUUCCUCUUCCCCGCAGUUUCGUGCUCCCACGUGAUUGCCAAAGACCCCCCUCAGAUCAUCGCGGCGACCACACCAAAGCCACACGGAGGGCAUAGACGGGCUGAAGGGUGGCCACGCAGUGGUCUCCCCUCCUGUUUGGUUCAGGGAUUUCUGGGAAGAGGGGUCCAGGGACAGCAUCUUCUGCCAGAUGGAAGGGAGCCGCCUUCCACGCCAGACUUGUCUGCAAGCCAGCCACCAUGAGCACCAGGCUGGCCUCAGCUCCGUCCCCAUCAAGUGCCCAGUGUUCCUCUUCCGAGGGCCCUGGAUUCCGCCUACCCGUGGAGCGCUUCACAAGUGCAAUCCACCCUCAUCUUCAUACGGGUUGUAGCAGGCACUUUAAGACAAAGGCUCUAAGGUCCUCUGCCAAGUGGGGCAGGUGGGGCUGUUACCCCCUGAUGGAAACACCAGCUGAGGAAGGUCAGGUGAUCCCAGGGGUCCCAGCAAGGAGUCUGGGAAGCCCUAAGGCCCGCCCUGCUUCACCGGACUGCCUCUCCCAGCCCCAUCUCUGCUUUCAGAAUCCCAGUCGGGGCAGAGAGAGGACAGCUCCCUGCAGGCCGUCUUAUCUACGCGGGUCUCUGCCAAGCUGCUCUCUCCCCAGGACCGCCCUCCCUGACUUGCCUUCCCGCUCUGUGUUCUCCUCUCUCUCAUCCUACUCCCCUGCCCUCUGGCAUUCCGAACAGCGCCUCCUCGCCUCUGCCCUGCCAGAUCAGGUUUUGUGAAAUGGUCCCCAUGCUGGCUAUCAGUGGGGAUUCUCUUGGAGGGGAUUCACCCCACUGUUCCAUACAGAGCCCAGCUCAGCAUGGGCAAGAAAUCAUCUAUAAAUGAGUUUGUAAGAUAACGAUGAUGAAUGUAGUUUCUGGUUCCCUGAGCUGUUCUGGCUUUUUUAUUGUCCCUCCUCACAAGGAAUCUGUCCCUUCUUACUCUCUCAUCAGGUAUUUGAGUCCCAUUGAUGAGUAAGCCAUGGGAAAGCAUUUGUACAGAAAAUAAUCAUGGUGGUUUCCUCAAAAGCCCGGGAUCACAGGUGAUAGCUUUCUCACUGGUUCUUACCAGUAAGUCCUUCAUGUGUCCACUCAGAAUGGUAGGGACACAAGCUUUCCAGAUCCACUGCCCUUUACUUGGAACAGCUUCUUCAUGACGGCCAGGUCCAAAAUCCCUUACCCCCAGCACCACUGUCUGUGCUCCAGGUGUUUGCAGUCACAACAUUGAGACUCCAAAAGCCUGAGCCUGUCAGGGAGGAGGUGUUUACCCCAUGGCAAGACAUGGCAUAGUUUACAGAGAGCUGAAACUUCUCAGUGAAGGGUCUCUCCCUAAUCCCAGGUUGUUGAAUUUGCUGUAUUUCAUACUGUUUACAGGUAAACCAAAAUUGGGUCCCAUUAGUCCACCCUUCCUUUUCCUAAACUUUUUUAAAAAAAUAAAUCUUUUGGGAUUUCUAGUGGUCCAGUGGUUAAGACUCCACACUUCCAAUGCAGGAGGUGUGAGGGUUCAAUCCCUGGUUGGGGAACUAAGAUCCUACAUGCCUCUUGGCAUGGCCAAAAAAUAAAAUUAAAAAAAAAAAAAACAAGUAUGAAAAUAAAUAAUUAGGACUGUACCCAUAUUAUCAAAUCCUGUUACACACAUCUUGCCUACCCAGUUACUAAAGGCUAGCUGAGCCCCCGGUUUGAGGUGCUGUAACGAAUAGUUGGCUGACGCCUAAGUAUGUGACAUCUGCUGCUCUUCCUGUCAUGUGCCAAGUUCUUAAUUCCAUCAAAAUAUCACCAGCCUUAUUUGUGUUUGAUAAGACAUGGUUCAGCUCUUACUCAGCCAAUGAGACACAAAUUCCCUGGUAUUUUUCCUGUAAAUUAAUAGUUGGCUUCAGAGAACUACUUUUUCCUAUGAAGAUCAUUGCUGCAGUGGCUGGAGUCCUGUCUACAUCUUGCUUGCUUCUAGCAAACCACCCUCCCCAGCCUCCAGGGCCUUUUUUGUUAAAUCCUUGCCCCUGAGUGCUCGUUGCCUUAGGCCUGGCAUCUUUGCUGUCUGCUAUCUUCCUCUUGUGUUGUAUGGACUCACAUGUCCUACUUCAUUGCCUCAGUUUCUUUCCUUGUCAAGUUUAGACAGCUGUCUAGCAGAUCCUGUUUCCAGCCAGAUCAAGUCCUUCUAGCUAAGGCCUGACUUCAUCCAUUCAUUCUUUUUGAAAAUAUUAUAAAGUUACACAUGCAAAACAGACAAAUCAGUGAAACAAUAAGCCAGAAGUAGAGCCUGCUCUAAGAUGGAGGUAUUUUUUAAAGGGAAUCACAAACCAGUGGAAAAGAUUGUACAGGAUUGUGCAAUAAGUGAUGUUAGACUAGAACUUUCCUGGUGGUCCAGUGGUUAAGACUGAGUUCCCAAUGCAGGGGGUACAGGUUCAAUCCCUGCUCAGGGAACUAAGAUCCCGCAUGCCCUGGGCAUGGGCAAAAUUAAGUAAAUCAAAAUGAUGUUGGACCAAUGGGUUACUAACUUGGGAAAGAAAAUCAAUCUCAUUUAGACCCCUAUUUCAUAGUAUACUUCAACAUUAAUUUCAGGUUAAUUUUUCAAAGCCCUGUAGAAACUAGAGGUGAAGAGGAGAUACUACAAUAAAAGAAUGAACUUUCCAAGUUUAGAACCAAUAGAGUAAUUCCCCAGGGGAAAAGAUUUAACAUUUCUAGGUACAACCAUCCUGCCUGACUAAUAUGCCUAUUUUAAAGAAAAUGAUUAUUAAAAGGCAAAAAGCAUGGGCAAAAAAUAAUUAUGGCAGAAAACAAUAUACAUAAAAAUAAAUAAUAAGCAAAUUAUCUUUUAUAUUAAGAACAAUGAAAUGAGAAAAAUGGAGAAUAGUUAUGUAAACUAUGACACAUUCAGCCCAUGAAUAUUAAACAGCCCUCAAAAACUCUAAAAAGUGGUAAAAGACUACAUUAAUAUUGAUACAAGUACAUCUGUGACAAAAUUAAGUGAAAAGAAUCAGGAUAUGAAAGUGUAGUUCCAACUGCUUGUAACUAUAUAAAAAUAGAAAAACCAUAUACAAGGGAAACUGGAGGUAUUAGGUUUGCAGAGUUUUGUUUUUUUUUUUUUCCUUUUUCCUCUUUUGCCCAAAUUUGGGUUUAUACUCCAUGGUGAAAUAAAUUCAUUUAUUUU